UGCCAGGCCGCAUGCCACUCCCCGACGGGGCGCGUACCCCAGGGGGCGUCUACCGGGAGGCGCGCGGCGGGGGCUACACCAACCGGACCUUCGAGUUUGACGACGGCCAAUGCGCCCCCAGGCGGCCCUGCGCGGGGGACGGCGCGCUCCUGGACACCGCCGGCUUCAAGAUGAGCGACCUGGACUCCGAGGUGCUGCCCUUGCCGCCGCGCUACCGCUUCCGGGACCUGCUGCUGGGCGACCCGUCCUUCCAGAACGACGACAGGGUCCAGGUGGAGUUCUACGUCAACGAGAACACCUUCAAGGAGCGGCUCAAGCUGUUCUUCAUCAAAAACCAAAGAUCGAGCCUGAGGAUCCGGCUGUUCAACUUCUCCCUGAAGCUGCUCACCUGCCUGCUCUACAUCGUGCGCGUCCUGCUCGACGACCCGGCCCUGGGCAUCGGAUGCUGGGGCUGCCCAAAGCAGAACUACUCCUUCAAUGACUCGUCCUCCGAGAUCAACUGGGCUCCUAUUCUGUGGGUGGAGAGAAAGAUGACACUGUGGGCGAUCCAGGUCAUCGUGGCCAUAAUAAGCUUCCUGGAGACGAUGCUUCUCAUCUACCUCAGCUACAAAGGCAACAUCUGGGAGCAGAUCUUCCGCGUGUCCUUCGUCCUGGAGAUGAUCAACACCCUGCCCUUCAUCAUCACGAUCUUCUGGCCGCCGCUGCGGAACCUGUUCAUCCCCGUCUUUCUGAACUGCUGGCUGGCCAAGCACGCGCUGGAAAACAUGAUUAAUGACUUCCACCGUGCCAUCCUGCGGACACAGUCGGCCAUGUCCAACCAGGUCCUCAUCCUCUUCUGCACCCUGCUGUGCCUCGUUUUCACGGGGGGUUGCAGGACCUGCGGCAUCCAGCACCUGGAGCGGGCGGGUGAGAACCUGUCCCUCCUGACCUCCUUCUACUUCUGCAUCGUCACCUUCUCCACCGUGGGCUACGGUGACGUCACGCCCAAGAUCUGGCCAUCGCAGCUGCUGGUGGUCAUCAUGAUCUGCGUGGCCCUCGUGGUGCUCCCACUGCAGUUCGAGGAGCUCGUCUACCUCUGGAUGGAGCGGCAGAAGUCAGGGGGCAACUACAGCCGCCACCGUGCGCAGACGGAGAAGCACGUGGUCCUGUGUGUCAGCUCCCUCAAGAUCGACCUUCUCAUGGACUUCCUGAACGAGUUCUACGCCCACCCCCGGCUCCAGGACUAUUACGUGGUCAUCCUGUGCCCCACGGAGAUGGAUGUCCAGGUGCGCAGAGUCCUGCAGAUCCCUCUGUGGUCCCAGCGGGUCAUCUACCUCCAGGGCUCUGCACUCAAAGACCAGGACCUCAUGCGAGCCAAGAUGGACAAUGGGGAGGCCUGCUUCAUCCUCAGCAGCAGGAACGAGGUGGACCGCACGGCUGCAGACCACCAGACCAUCCUGCGCGCCUGGGCCGUGAAGGACUUCGCCCCCAACUGCCCCCUCUACGUCCAGAUCCUCAAACCCGAAAACAAGUUUCACGUCAAGUUUGCCGACCACGUGGUGUGUGAGGAGGAGUGCAAGUACGCCAUGCUGGCGCUGAACUGCAUCUGCCCGGCGACCUCCACCCUCAUCACCCUGCUGGUGCACACAUCCCGUGGCCAGGAGGGACAGGAGUCUCCAGAGCAGUGGCAGCGCAUGUACGGGCGCUGCUCGGGCAACGAGGUGUACCACAUCCGCAUGGGUGACAGCAAGUUCUUCCGCGAGUACGAGGGCAAGAGCUUCACCUACGCGGCCUUCCACGCCCACAAGAAGUACGGCGUGUGCCUCAUCGGGCUGAAGCGGGAGGACAACAAGAGCAUCCUGCUGAACCCGGGGCCCCGGCACAUCCUGGCCGCCUCCGACACCUGUUUCUACAUCAACAUCACCAAGGAGGAGAACUCAGCCUUCAUCUUCAAGCAGGAGGAGAAGCGGAAGAAGAGGGCCUUCUCGGGGCAGGGGCUGCACGAGGGUCCGGCCCGCCUGCCCGUGCACAGCAUCAUCGCCUCCAUGGGGACAGUGGCCAUGGACCUGCAGGGCACAGAGCACCGGCCCACGCAGAGCGGCGGGGGGGGCGGGGGCAGCAAGCUGGCACUGCCCACGGAGAACGGCUCGGGCAGCCGGCGACCCAGCAUCGCGCCCGUCCUGGAACUGGCCGACAGCUCGGCCCUGCUGCCCUGCGACCUGCUGAGCGACCAGUCGGAGGAUGAGGUGACGCCGUCGGACGACGAGGGGCUCUCCGUGGUAGAGUAUGUGAAGGGCUACCCUCCCAACUCGCCCUACAUCGGCAGCUCCCCAACCCUGUGCCACCUCCUGCCAGUGAAAGCCCCCUUCUGCUGCCUGCGGCUGGACAAGGGCUGCAAGCACAACAGCUACGAAGACGCCAAGGCCUACGGCUUCAAGAACAAGCUGAUCAUCGUCUCGGCAGAGACGGCCGGCAACGGGCUGUACAACUUCAUCGUGCCGCUGCGGGCCUACUACAGAUCCCGCAAGGAGCUGAACCCCAUCGUGCUGCUGCUGGACAACAAGCCCGACCACCACUUCCUGGAAGCCAUCUGCUGCUUCCCCAUGGUCUACUACAUGGAGGGCUCCGUGGACAACCUGGACAGCCUGCUGCAGUGCGGCAUCAUCUAUGCGGACAACCUGGUGGUGGUGGACAAGGAAAGCACCAUGAGCGCCGAGGAGGACUACAUGGCGGACGCCAAGACCAUCGUCAACGUGCAGACCAUGUUCCGGCUCUUCCCCAGCCUCAGCAUCACCACGGAGCUCACCCACCCUUCCAACAUGCGCUUCAUGCAGUUCCGCGCCAAGGACAGCUACUCUCUGGCUCUUUCCAAACUAGAAAAGAGGGAGCGAGAGAAUGGCUCCAAUCUGGCCUUCAUGUUCCGCCUGCCGUUCGCCGCCGGCCGCGUCUUCAGCAUCAGCAUGUUGGACACGCUGCUCUACCAGUCCUUUGUGAAGGACUACAUGAUCACCAUCACCCGGCUGCUGCUGGGCCUGGACACCACGCCGGGCUCGGGGUACCUCUGUGCCAUGAAAAUCACCGAGGGCGACCUGUGGAUCCGCACGUACGGCCGCCUCUUCCAGAAGCUCUGCUCCUCCAGCGCCGAGAUCCCCAUUGGCAUCUACCGGACAGAGAGCCACGUCUUCUCCACCUCGGAGCCCCACGACCUCAGAGCCCAGUCCCAGAUCUCGGUGAACGUGGAGGACUGUGAGGACACACGGGAAGUGAAAGGGCCCUGGGGCUCCCGCGCUGGCACCGGAGGCAGCUCCCAGGGCCGCCACACGGGCGGCGGUGACCCCGCAGAGCACCCGCUGCUGAGGCACAAGAGCCUGCAGUGGGCCCGGAGGCUGAGCCGGAAGGCGCCCAAGCAGGCAGGCCGGGCGGCGGCCACGGAGUGGAUCAGCCAGCAGCGCCUCAGCCUGUACCGGCGCUCUGAGCGCCAGGAGCUCUCCGAGCUGGUGAAGAACCGCAUGAAGCACCUGGGGCUGCCCACCACCGGCUACGAGGACGUAGCAAAUUUAACAGCCAGUGAUGUCAUGAAUCGGGUAAACCUGGGAUAUUUGCAAGACGAGAUGAAUGACCACCAGAACACCCUCUCCUACGUCCUCAUCAACCCUCCGCCCGACACGAGGCUGGAGCCCAGCGACAUUGUCUAUCUCAUCCGCUCCGACCCCCUGGCUCACGUGGCCAGCAGCUCCCAGAGCCGGAAGAGCAGCUGCAGCCACAAGCUGUCGUCCUGCAACCCCGAGACUCGUGACGAGACACAGCUCUGAGCCAGCCCUGCACGGAGCUCAGGCCACCAAGCCCAGGCUCCUCAGGAAGGACGUGGAGGAGCGUGUGAGGACACGGUGGCACUAGCGUGACCCUGGGGAUGCCACACUCUACUCACCGUGGCUCCUGGGACUCCACCCUGGAAAGGAGCCCCUCAUGCGGGGGGAGGGCCAGCUCACCCCUGGGCACCUGCAGGCUAGUGAGGAGAGUUUUUAACCUAUUUUUACACGUCGACGCAGUCCACUUCUCUUUACACAGAUGUACCGCAACUCGUGACCAGGGCUGGCUGGGAGGGCAACGCAGGGACUGGAUGCCCUGCAGGGCCGAGCCCAGGCUGUGCUGGAGGGUGGGGCUGGGGUGCAUGGGGAGGGGAGCAGAACCCAGAACCCAGGAGCCCCGCGUGGGCCACACCCAACUCAGAGCCGGCCUGAGCAUUCACGGCUUCCUUGCAGCCAAGGGCUGGGGGCCGGGGCUGCUGUUCUGCACUCUGUGGGGUGGGUGAGGGGGACCCUGGGCUGUUUGUUUGCUGUCCUGAGCCCAUUCUGGAAGUUAGAAGCAGCAAAGGGCCCGGGGAAGCCGGGCAUGUGAGAGGGGUGUGUCCCCAGGUCCCCCAGAGGGCCCUGUUGCCGAGCACCUUUCUGAAGGAAGGAGAAGACGCCGUUUCCUCUACUUCACACUGAACUGUCCCAGCCACUGCAUCUAGGGGGCAUUGGGCGGAAGAUGGUGCAUUUCCAUGGACCAUUUUACACUUACCUUUUAAAGCAAAGCCUCAUUUUCUAAACCCCUGACUUGUGAAGCACAAUUCAGCCUCCGGGCUGGGCCACGUGGAGAGAGGAUCUUCCCAGCAAGGCGAGAUCCCGGGCGGCGGCUGACAUCAGGAGCGCCACCCUGCGUCCUUUGCUGCUGGUUCCUUACUGGUUUGUACGGUCAGCGCUGGAACCUUCUAUUAAAUGGAUGCAUUCUGGAGGCAUGAAGUUACAAGUCAAGUCGCCCUGCUCGUGUUUCCAAGGCUCUCACCCCUCCCAGCCACCCCACUUUAAGGGUUACAAACACCUGCUGGGGUCCCCACCCCAACCCCAUAGGCAAGCCCCCAUUCCCCAGCCAGGCCAGGACAGUCCUUCCAAAACUCGGGAACCAAAUUGUAUUUGGCUACUGGUGACUGGAUCCUGGUAGCCAGGAAACCUGCCUGGUGGUGGGGGUCCCAGAGUCCAGGAGGGCUGUCUGGUGAGCUGCCCAUCAGCCUCACCCCUGCAGCCAGGCGUGUCCCUGGGGUGGGCACAGAGACCCCAGGCUCUGCCCGCAGUGGCACAGAACUCAUCUGAGGCCAGUGGCUGCUGGGGAUCCCCUACACUGGGGGGUCAGGGCUGCCCCAGGUGGGGAUGUGUGUGCACCUCACCACGUUCACUUCAGGGUACCCCAAGAGGCUGAAGGGGAAGGACCAAAAGGCCGAGGUGCAGCCCCUCCCCGGUGUCAGGGCAGACAACACAGCAGCUGCUGGAGGGGCCGGCCCUGGCCACACAGACUAGCUAGUCCCUUACUCCCGGCCUGCCUGGAACCCUCCUGCUCAGAAGGUGCCCACUAGCCCUCUGUCGGGGACAGAGCCAGACAUGGGUGGUCAGGGAGAGGCUGUGUGGAUUCAGGGGGCCAGAAAGUCCCAGGACCUUGAUGGAGCGGCAGGGAUUGAUGUUGGGCUAGGGUGGCCAGAGCCUGUCCCAGCAGGGCUGGGGUCUGUCAGGUUCCUGGGAUCCAACAGCAAGCACGCCCUGCCCUGCAGUCACCCUGCAGCUGGAAGGCCCAAGUCUGCCUCACCUGGGUAGCUUCUCACGUCACCCACACCCUGGCCCCCAGGCGAGGGGGGCUGCACAGCACCUGCAGGGAGGAGAGGGGAGAGAAAAGCCAGUCUGGCUGCUGGGAUGGGAGGGCCACAGCUCCAGCAGUGGCAGGGGAAGCUGUAGCCCCUGGAGCCCCAUACUGGAAGAGCUGGCCUCUAGGAGGCACCAUGGGGGAGUCACAUGACUUAUUCGGGAUUGACUUGCAAUGUGGACGGUGUUCCCGGAGUCCCCUGUGGCCACUCCACCACCGUGAGGCCGGGAGGCAUCUUAGCCUUUGAGCCUCUCUCCAAGGGUGAGUGGAGUCCCCCAAAGAGGGCUGGGGGCUUGCUGCCCAAGAGGGGCUGGGUGGACACUUGGGGCCUCUGAGAACAUCAGUGAUCCGUUCCCUUCUGCACAUUGUGGCAAGUGGCAGCAUUUUCAUAAUCUCCAGUAGUGAGGCCACUUCAGGUCCAGCCCUGGACAUCCCAGGAGGAGGUGGGCAGUCCCUGCCCCUUCACUAACCGCAGAGGAUGCCAGCUCUAGGCCCCCUGCUCUGCCUGGAGCUCAUGCGGGCAGCCGUGGACACAGGUGGCACCCAGCGCCCAGCGGCCUGUGAAUCCUCCCAUGGGCAAAGCUGGGAGCCAGGGGCUGGAACCAGGCAGGUCAGUGACUGUGAGAUGCCAGCUGCCAGCCCAAGAAAAGCUGCCUGCAGCAUCUGGAACCUUCUGUGCUCUCCUUGGCCUCUGUGUUCUUCAUCUCCAGGUUUAGGGAGCACCCGGGGUGCCUCUCUGCUUGUCCCGAGCCCACUCACCAAUAGCCCCGGCUUGCACAGUCAUGACAUCAGGAAGGUGGGUCCCUGCUCCCAGCCGUCCUCAUCCACCAUCACUUCUCCCAGCCUCGUGUCCUGCUGACCCUUAAAAGGUCCCCCUGCAAAGUACACCAAGUGAAGUAGGAUCUGAGCAAAGGUUGAGGGACUGAAUUCCCUAAGAAGUUAUCACUGCCUAGAAUAAGCGAAAAGAAUUUUUUUUAAUGUUUUACAGUAGAAUUAUUUGAAACAUACAAAAUUAGUGAGACACCUGCUAUUUUCCUUAUUCCUGUUGUUUGUUUUUAUUUUCCUUAUACCUAAUUCAUCCAACAGAAAACUGGGCAGGGCGCAGUGUCUCACACCUGUAAUCCCAGCACUUUGGGAGGCCAAGGCAGGUGGACUGCUUGAGCCCAGGAGUUUAAGAUCAGCGUGGGCAACAUGACGAACCCUGACUGUAUCAAAAAAUACAAAAAAAAAAAAUUAGCUAGACGUGAUGGCAUGUGCAUAUAGU